UCCUCGCUUCCCGUUAUGCUAUCCACUCAACAAAACUCUCAUUCCUUUCUUUUCCUUAAACUCUCUGUUUCAUUAUUCCUCACAAUCAACUAAAAAUGGUAGCUUUAGUUUCUCAAGAAAAUGUCGUAACAUUGGUUUCUCGUACCGGUCGAGAGUUACAACGUUAUAGAAAAGGUCGUCGUCAAGUUGUCGGAUGUAUACCAUACAGAUUCAAGAUUGGAGAGAAAAAAUCAUUGGAUGUUUUGGAUGAAUUGGAAGUGCUUGUCAUAAGUUCUCAAAAAGGAAAAGGGAUGCUAUUUCCUAAGGGAGGUUGGGAGUUAGAUGAAUCUCAAAAGGAGGCAGCUAUGAGAGAAACUAUGGAGGAAGCUGGUGUGAAAGGCAUUGUUGAGGGUAAAUUAGGUAAAUGGAGUUUCAAGAGUAAAACAUAUGACACUUUAUAUGAUGGUUACAUGUUCCCUUUACUUGUUCAAGAACAAAUGGAGUUUUGGCCUGAACAAAAUCUUCGUCAAAGAACAUGGAUGAGCAUAAGUGAGGCAAGAGAGGUUUGUCAACACUGGUGGAUGAAAGAGGCUUUGGACAGAUUAGUAAACCGUCUUUUGGGUCAAAAACUUGUUCGUGAAAACCUUCGUCCUAUAAAUUGCAUUGGGGAUGCCAAAUCUGACUUGUUAAUAGUGUAAUUUCCUGGAGGGUAGAGAGAACAUGAGGAGAAGAGUUAGUAGGAUGGAUCCAACGAAUUGAGCCAAAAUCAUAUGAUAGUAUAUAUAUAAAAAUAAUGAUAUGAAUAAUAGACUUUUAGAUCUCUCAUUGAAGUUUGCAAUUAGUUUCCCAUAAAUAUUAUUUUUUUUGCUAAGAGAAGGAAUUAGAACAUGACUUUUCUCAUCUUAUAAUGAGAGGGACUAUUUUUAAAUGUGUUUGUGGGAAUUGCAAAACUUGUUGAAAUUCAUUAGGUGACAAAUUGAUUGCUUUGCUUUUAUAAGCAAUGGGUUUGUGCUAAUGUACUAAGAGGGGUGUGAUAUGAAUAUUUGGUUAUUUGUAUGCACUCUAUGAUAGAAGAAGGGUCAAGGUUUUUUUUCACCACUUAUUGUACUAUGUGAUGUGAUUAUCAUUUGUGGAUUAUAAGUUCACUUGAA